ACGAAGUGCUAGCAACAGCAGCCUCCUUGAAGGUGCGGCAGAAAAAUAACAGCUAUCCUCGCAAGCAGUCGGCGGCUCGUUCUUUUUUAAAUACCGCAUUAUCUUUUAGCUUUACCAACCAUCGAUGUAGUGUUUUUAGAAACUCGAUGAUUAAGUAGCUUUUAGGUUGUCGAAAAACAGAGACAGGGUCUCCAUCUUCACCAUCAUCUGGGACAUCAGCGGCGCUAGCAUCGGCUAGCUUCCUCUUGUUCACUGAAUCUCUCGCCGCAACGCUGCAAUGGCUGAUGUUGACAAGCUCAACAUAGACAGUAUCAUCCAACGUCUUCUGGAAGUGAGGGGUGCAAAGCCCGGGAAGAAUGUACAGCUGCAGGAGAAUGAGAUCCGAGGAUUGUGUCUCAAGUCCAGGGAGAUCUUCCUUAGUCAGCCCAUUCUCCUGGAGCUGGAAGCCCCUCUCAAGAUUUGUGGUGACAUCCAUGGCCAGUAUUACGACCUGCUCAGGCUGUUUGAGUACGGAGGCUUCCCUCCUGAGAGCAACUACCUGUUUCUUGGAGACUAUGUGGACAGGGGGAAGCAGUCUCUGGAAACCAUCUGUCUCCUGCUGGCCUACAAAAUCAAAUACCCAGAGAACUUCUUCCUGCUGAGGGGAAACCACGAAUGUGCAUCUAUCAACAGAAUUUAUGGUUUUUAUGAUGAGUGUAAAAGGCGGUACAACAUCAAACUGUGGAAGACCUUCACGGAUUGUUUCAACUGCCUCCCUAUUGCUGCCAUCGUUGAUGAGAAAAUCUUUUGCUGUCAUGGAGGGUUGUCUCCUGACCUGCAGUCCAUGGAGCAGAUCAGGCGCAUCAUGCGCCCCACUGAUGUGCCCGACCAGGGUUUGCUGUGCGAUUUGCUCUGGUCUGAUCCAGACAAAGAUGUGAUGGGGUGGGGGGAGAACGACAGGGGGGUGUCCUUCACCUUUGGCUCUGAAGUGGUGGCUAAGUUCCUGCACAAGCAUGACCUGGAUCUCAUCUGCCGUGCCCAUCAGGUUGUAGAAGAUGGUUAUGAGUUUUUUGCCAAGCGACAGCUGGUGACUUUGUUCUCUGCGCCGAACUAUUGCGGCGAGUUUGACAAUGCUGGCGCCAUGAUGAGUGUGGAUGAGACCCUCAUGUGCUCUUUUCAGAUUCUGAAACCAGCUGAGAAGAAGAAGCCCAAUGGCAGCCGUCCAGUGACCCCACCUCGCAAUAUGGUGACGAAACAAGCGAAAAAAUGAAGAAGCUGACCUUGUUAGGAGUUCUUUUUACUGCUUUUGACUUUUGCUUUUAGGAGGGUUGAAAAUCCUUCAUGCCAACACAGAAAUAUAUACACUCCCUCUUUUGACGAAAGCAAAAUGUAUCAAGUUGUUGUCCACAGGGGUAAAACGACAUGUCACCGUGAAAACCUCAGGUGUUUUGCAAUCCAUUUUGCAGCUAGUCUUUGCCACAUGUGACUGUUCGGUCAGGACAGAAUACGACUGUUCGAUCAGCCUUAUUGGCUACAUAUGCAUUCCUGUGCAUGUGUAGCCAGUUAGGCUACACAUGCACAGGAAUGCCUUGUUUGAAGCUGUGCACAAUUCUUCCAGUUUUCUUUGUGUCCUAAACAUCCGUCAUCUCUUCUGUCACUGUCAAAAAUGGCUAUAUUAACAAACGUAAGUUACAAACACUUGUGUAUUUCCUUACGUCAUCAUUUGCAGUCAGUGCUCGAAAACACUGGCACUUUUCAUCCUCACAUUUUUAUCAAUGAUAAUACUAUGUGAGAUAAAGAAUCACUCUUGUAACAUCUAAAUCUUUCUAAUAAACUGAGUGUAUUUUAGGGGGAAGCCUGUCUGAAUCUCUUUGUUCACUGGAAUCAUUUUAAAAGGGAGAAUUAUGAAGGGUGUUACAAUAAACAAAGCAUGUCCAGCGUUCCUCGUGUCACAAAACAACUAUUUUAAGCAUUACUUCACUUGAAGAUCCUGAUUGAAUAAAUAGUAUUGCAGACAACUGUGUGGCUCUUUGUCCACUGCCACUGUGAACUCCUCCAAG